AUGGUAGGCGGCGAAGGUUCCUUGUUCCUUCGGCAAGCACCGGAUCUGCUGCUGGCGCGGGUGACACAGACGCGGGUGACUCAACCGAAGGGUACGAGGAAAGAAGCGGAGAAACCCAAGGCAGUGGAUCCAGAAAUCGUGGAGGCCGGGAAAGAGGGAGAAACGGGUCCCCGUUCCCGAGAUGCUGACGUGGCUAGGAGUGCUGACGUGGCAGGGGAUGCUGACAUGGACCUAGAGGCGCUGGCUCGUGAGCUGAACAUGGAUCUGAAGGAGGUGCAGGAGGCGGAGAGGAUGUUCGAAAGUGCCAUGUCAGCAGUUGCCUCGCUGGAAUCGUUAUCUGCCAAGUUUGAUCAGAUGAUUCUGGAAACUGCUGCUGCUGAGUCGGCCGAAUCAGAGGAUUCUCGCAAGGGUUUAAGAGGGGUUUCGGGUGAAGGGGGUUUAGAGAAUGCGGGUUUAGAGGGUUUAGAAAGAGGAAUGAAAGAGCUGGUUAAGGAAAUUGAAGCCGCAUCGUCUAGGGUAUCGAGAGAAGGCAUCAGCAAAUCGGGGGAGGGGAGUGAAGAGGCGGAUGAUGAAGGUGCUGACGUGGACUUGGCAGGGGAGGCCAUUGCUGACAUGGAGAAUGACCUGGCGGAGCUGCAGCGGUCGGUGGCGGCCACGCUAGCUGAGCUGGACCGCACUGCCACGUCACUCACUCCGGAGCUUGGGCUGCAGGAAGUACUGAAGCUUAAGAGUUCCAUAUCUGCUGACGUGGCGCAGAUAGAGCAGCAGACAGGUGCCAUUCUCGGAUUGCUGAGAGAGGCCCAAGAGCUGCAGGAAGCUUCCCAGCAGCCCGGCGCUCCAAUGGGAGCGCGCCAGCUGGCGGCGCAGAGAGCCGUGGAGGCUCGGAACGCCAUGGCUGCGAUGGCAGGCUCGGCCGAAGCUGCGGCAGAGACGUUGAAGGCUUUGGAGCAGGAAGGGGCGGCGGACUGGGAUGGGAUGGGGGGAGUUAAGGGGGAGGCGAUCAGGAGGGCAGGGGAGGAGGUUAAACGGAGGAGGGGAGAGGAGGAGGGAGGAGGGGAGCAAGACGACGACGAUGAUGAUGACCAGCCGGCCUACCUGCCGCAGCGGCACGAGGUGGCAGCCGACCGGGCGGAGCUGAAGAAAGAGCUUGCGGAGAUGCUCGGCAGCAACGCGCUUGUCUGCUUACUCUGUCCUCGCCUCUACCCCCCCCUCCCUUUCAAACCCUUCUCCAGCCAGCCAGCCUACCUGCCGCAGCGGCACGAGGUGGCAGCCGACCGGGCGGAGCUGAAGAAAGAGCUUGCGGAGAUGCUCGGCAGCAACGCGCUUCCAGCCUACCUGCCGCAGCGGCACGAGGUGGCAGCCGACCGGGCGGAGCUGAAGAAAGAGCUUGCGGAGAUGCUCGGCAGCAACGCGCUUCCAGCCUACCUGCCGCAGCGGCACGAGGUGGCAGCCGACCGGGCGGAGCUGAAGAAAGAGCUUGCGGAGAUGCUCGGCAGCAACGCGCUUGUCUGCUUACUCUGUCCUCGCCUCUACCCCCCCCUCCCUUUCAAACCCUUCUCCAGCCAGCCAGCCUACCUGCCGCAGCGGCACGAGGUGGCAGCCGACCGGGCGGAGCUGAAGAAAGAGCUUGCGGAGAUGCUCGGCAGCAACGCGCUUGUCUGCUUACUCUGUCCUCGCCUCUACCCCCCCCUCCCUUUCAAACCCUUCUCCAGCCAGCCAGCCUACCUGCCGCAGCGGCACGAGGUGGCAGCCGACCGGGCGGAGCUGAAGAAAGAGCUUGCGGAGAUGCUCGGCAGCAACGAGCUUGUCUGCUUACUCUGUCCUCGCCUCUACCCCCCCCUCCCUUUCAAACCCUUCUCCAACCAGCCAGCCUACCUGCCGCAGCGGCACGAGGUGGCAGCCGACCGGGCGGAGCUGAAGAAAGAGCUUGCGGAGAUGCUCGGCAGCAACGCGCUUGUCUGCUUACUCUGUCCUCGCCUUCCCCCCCCCCUCCCUUUCAAACCCUUCUCCAGCCAGCCAGCCUACCUGCCGCAGCGGCACGAGGUGGCAGCCGACCGGGCGGAGCUGAAGAAAGAGCUUGCGGAGAUGCUCGGCAGCAACGCGCUUGUCUGCUUACUCUGUCCUCGCCUCUACCCCCCCCUCCCUUUCAAACCCUUCUCCAGCCAGCCAGCCUACCUGCCGCAGCGGCACGAGGUGGCAGCCGACCGGGCGGAGCUGAAGAAAGAGCUUGCGGAGAUGCUCGGCAGCAACGCGCUUCCAGCCUACCUGCCGCAGCGGCACGAGGUGGCAGCCGACCGGGCGGAGCUGAAGAAAGAGCUUGCGGAGAUGCUCGGCAGCAACGCGCUUGUCUGCUUACUCUGUCCUCGCCUCUACCCCCCCCUCCCUUUCAAACCCUUCUCCAGCCAGCCAGCCUACCUGCCCCAGUGGCACGAGGUAGCAGCCGACCGGGCAGAGCUGAAGAGAGAGCCUGCGGAGAUGCUCGGCAACGCCCCAGCCAGCGUAACUGCCCCAGUGGCGCGAGGUUGCAGCAGACCGUGCAGAGCUCAAGAGGGAGCUUGCGGAGAUGUUCAGCAACGCCGUGCAGCUGUUUCAGGAGGGGGGAGGGAAGCAGGAGUCUCACCAGCCCUUGUCCCCUUACCCUGUCCUGUCGUCUCCUCUUCCCCUACCCAACCCAACCCCUCCUCCAGCCAGCCAGCGUACCUGCCGCAGUGGCACGAGGUAGCAGCAGAGCGGGCGGAACUGAAACGAGAACUCGCGGAGAUGUUCAGCAACGCCGUGCAGCUGUUUCAGGAGGGCGAUGAGGAGGGGGCGAUGGCUCUGGUGGCGGCUAAUGAGGCAGAAGUGAUGGGGCAGGUGGUGGCAGGGGAGGCGGGUGUGGAACAAUCAGCAGUGCUGCUGGCGCUGUCACAGCUGCUGCUGGGGAUGGGGGAGGAGGCCAAGGGGAGACAGCUGAUGGAUCAGGCGCUCGCCCUAGUGGCCUCUCACCCCUCCGAGCCGCUACUGGAUGAUCUGCUGGAGAACGCGGGGGACAUGUAUUAUGGCAUGGAGAUGUGGGAUGAGUCGAUCAAGAUGUACAGACGGGCCGUCAACGUGCAGAGGGAACUGGCAGGAGGAGAGCACUACCUGCAAGCAUCCACCCUGUGCAGCCUCGCCAAUGCUCUAAUGGAAGCGCAGAGGCACGAGGAAGCGGAGGAGGUGCAGAGGCGAGCGGCAGAGCUGUAUGAAGCUGCCAGGGGGGAGAGGUCCCGAGGGGUGGCGACGAUGCUGGUGCGGCUGACGCAGAUUCAGAUGGAGGGGGGGCGAGUGGAAGAGGCGGAAGGCAGCAUCCUCCGCGCCAAGGAUAUUCUGAUAGAGAAGGAGGGGCUGACAUCAAUGGAGGCGGCGAUUGUGGAGUUCACUCUAGCUCAAGUCAGGCAGGCACAAGGUCGUCCUGAUCUAGCAGUGGGGGUGUUGGAGAGCGGCCUUCGGAUCUUCGAACAAUCGGUGGAGCAGCAGAGGAGGAAGGGCGAGGCUGGAGACGCUGCUGAGCUGGCAGGAGCAGGCGCUGAGCUGGCGUGGGGCGACGAUGAGCUGGCGGGGACUCCCCGUGCGCUGGUGAACGCGCUUGGAGCGUCAGCGUUCCCGGCUUUCGAGCAGGCACAGAUUGAACUGAGCAUGCUAUAUGACAUUCUGGACAGGGAUGAAGACGCGUGCGCCUUAAGAGAGAAGCUCCUCUCAGCCAAGGAGCUAGCCGUCGGCCCUCUCUCCCCGGCCCUCGUCCCCCCCCUCAUCCAACUCGCGCAGUCCCGCCUGACCAUCGGCCAAUCAGAGGGCGCGGAGCGGCUCCUGCGCCGCGCGCUGCAGAUCGCCAGGUCAGCGGUGCCAGCUGGCGACGCGCGGUUGGCCGUGCCGAUCGAGCGCCUGGCGCUGUGCCUGGCUCAGAUGGAGCGAUUCGAGGAGGCUGAGGUGCUGGCGCGGGAGCAUCUGAUGAUUGCAGAGACAUCUGUGGAAAAGGCGGGAUUGCAGGGAGACACGAUUGAAAUGCUAGCGCAAGCCCAGCGCAACCUGGCACUCAUACUCAUGGCAACAGGGAGGGCAGAGGCAGCGGAGCUGUUACUGAGGAAGGCUUUAGCGAGGAUGGAAGGAGCAGUGGGGCCCAUGGGGGAUGCAGCGCUGGUGAUUGCUGGGUCUCUGGUGGUGAAUCUGCAGCAGCAGGGGAGGGACGAUGAGGCUGAACCGUUGCUCAAGAGAUUGGCCCUUGCAGAAGCUGCGGCUACUGGGAAUUUGUGA